AUGAGAAUCAAAAAGAGAGAGAAGCAUUUUAUUUAAAGAANAAUAUAUAUAUAUAAUAAGUUUGUAUAAUUUUGGGGUAGAAAUAAUUUGACAAGAGACUGGAAUGAUAAUUCUGAGAAAUAAACAGAUGAAUUAAAAUAGAGAUUGCAAGUUUCUUAUUAAGAUAAUUGAGAUUUCUGGAUGAAAGUUAAAGAUUUUAUGAUGAGUUCGGUUAAGUUUGUGUUUGCAAAUUUUAACCAGAUUAUAUAUACACAGAUAUACCUCGGUAGGUUGAAAAAUCAGAGAUUAUUACUACAAAGGGGAUUAUAAUGAGAGUUUAUGAGUAAUCUUAUGUAUUUAUUUCUUUAACUCAAUAAGAUUUGGGCUUUUUCUAAAAAAGUCAUUAAGACUCUUUGGCUAGAUUGAUAAUAGGAUAAUUAGAUAAUAGUACAAAGGAGAUAUUAAAUUAUUCAGGUUCUGUUUAUGAUGUUGAGAGGGAUAUGGUUGUUGAAAAUGAAUUUGAACCUGGAUUUUACCUAUUAAAUGUUGAAGUAGAUUGGUCCUAGAACUAUAAUCGAUAUUUAGCAGUUUCUUGUUAUGUUUCUAAAUCAGUUUAAUUUUCUGAAUUGUAGUUUGAAUCAGGUCAAAGAAAACAAAUAAUUGAUAAUAUUUUUAAGAGCAUAUGUCAGAUGCACCAAAUUAAAAUAAAAAUGUUGAAUAAUAACACAGAUGAUAAAUAAAUUAUUUAUAGCAAACCUUUUCACAAUCCUUUUGUAUUAAAUAUCUAAAAUAUCUAUACUGCUUCUGAUACCCUCAAAAACAAAUUUUUUAAUACCUUUAAUUAAAUCAAUAAAUCAGUAAUGAAGAUUUAAAAAGAUAAUAAAAAAUUUAUGAUCCAUACUCUGACAGAAAUAAAAUAUGUUUCAGAGAGUUUUUUUAUUUAUUUUAAGGGAAAUUAUGAAAUAAAAUCAAAUUUUGAGAUUUAAAAUUGA